GUGAAAAAUGGUUGAAGCUGAUGUGACGAUGACACCAGAAAGGAGAGGCGGAUCCGCGAGCUACAGAGGACCACACACAAGACCCCUUCUGCCAGGGGAGAGAGAGAGAGAGGCCAAGGAACAGAGAGACGGACAGAGGAGAAGAAAAAGAAGACGUCUUGGAAGACACCCCCCUCAUACACGCACGCACACACACACACACACACACACACACACACACACACACACACACACACACACACACAUAAACAGUCAUACAUACACACCUCCCCUUUCCCAGCCAUCAGCAAGCUAUUUUUUUUACACCCCACAAGUACCCUACCAUAGAAAAAAAACUUUUUUCUUCCUCAUUGGAAAAAAGAAAAUCCCUCCUAAGAAACUCCAACAAAUCAGUCAGAGAGCCCUCACGACGCAGAAGAAGAUGGCCCAGAAGUCGCCGAAAGUGGUGGCGUCUAAGUUCUUAGGAGCUUUCUGGAAGCCGUUUCCUUUCAUCACAACACCAGACAAUAAGAAGAAAUCUUUCGGUCAGAUUGCAGCGGACCACUGGAGAGACACCGUCACGUGACCCCCGGUACCAAAUGGUCUUCCGGCAGUGGCUCUCAACAAGGACCGGAGCACAAGAAGACGCCGCCACUUCUCUCAGAAAUGCAGAAGACAACAUACUACGACAACUCCUCUGCGCUUUUUGGUGGCUACUCGUCCUACCAGGUGCAGGGGGCGGCAGCGGCAGCAGCAGCUGCCAACGGCUUUGGGGGCUACGAUGCACCGGUCCCAGUGUCCCACCAUCAGCCGGCCUUCCAGUCAGCGACCCAUCUGGAUGUGGAUUCGUACCAACGCUCGGCCUGCUCUUUACAGUCACUGGGCAGUAACAGUGGCCACCAGCAGCAGCAGCAGCUAGCCAAGACCAAGGAGCUGAAUGGCAGCUGCAUGCGGCCCAGUCUGCCGCCUGAGCACCACCCUGGCUCCCAGGUGUCCCCCCCACUGCCCCCAAACCCCAGCAACGGCAAUACUGGGGCUCAGCAGCCGGGGGGCAGUGCUGGGGCCUCCUCAGCCUCUAAAUCAGGCCCCAAUAAGUUGUCUAAUUCUUCCUCCUCCACAUCGUCCUCCACAUCGUCCUCCUCCUCCUCACUGCCCCCCAACCCGACGAUGGCCAAGCAGAUCUUUCCCUGGAUGAAAGAGUGUCGACAGGCGACCAAGCAGAAAAACUGUUCCCCCAGCAACAACUCUGGCAACGCGUCAGGAGGAGCUGAGAGUGGCAGCAGCGGGGAGAAGAGUCCUACGGGCGGGUCAUCAGCGUCGUCCAAGCGGGCCCGUACGGCGUACACCAGCGCCCAGCUGGUGGAGCUGGAGAAGGAGUUCCACUUCAACAGGUACCUGUGCCGGCCGCGGCGCGUGGAGAUGGCCAACCUGCUCAAUCUGUCCGAACGCCAGAUCAAGAUCUGGUUCCAGAACCGACGCAUGAAAUACAAGAAGGACCAGAAGUCCAAGGGCCUGAGCUCCAGUUCUGGAGGGCCCUCACCGACCGGCUCCCCACCCCUGACCAUGCAGUCCUCCGCCAGCUUCCUCAACUCAAUGCACCCCAUGGGAGGGGGAGGUGGGGGAGGUGGAGGAGGCUACGACGUCCCCUCUCCGCCAUCCUUUGGCAAGCCCCACCAGGGAGUGUCUUACUCCAUGUCCACUGCCUACUCCAAUGUCCCCAUGAAGGGCUGCCCCCCCCAACAGAAGUAUGGCGCCCCAGACCAGGACUACGGCGACCCCCAUCCUCACCACGGCCUUGUGCAGGCCAACAACGCUGGCUACGGGACUCCCACCAGUAUGCAGGCCAGUCCAGUCUACGUGGGGGGUGGCAGCUAUGUGGAACCCAUGCCUGGCUCGGGGCCCUCCAUGUACGGGCUAAACCACCUCGGCCCCACGCCAACCCACCAUCAAACCAUGGACUACAAUGGCGCGGGGCCUAUGUCGGCCACCAACCAGCACCACGUGGGCGGAGGGGGCCCCCCGGGUCCCUGUGACCCGCCCACCCACCCGACGUACACCGAGCUGUCGGCGCACCACACCUCGACUCAGGGCAGAAUCCAGGAAGCACCCAAGCUCACUCACCUGUAGCAGGUUUGGAACAAAAUGACAACGUAGGAAAUAGCGAAGACAACACAGAACAUGUAAGACGACGCGACUCACUAACAGACUAACUAACACGUGGGGACUCUACUGCUGCAGCGGGACGGCAGGAGAGACCAAAGGAGACAGACAGGAGCCAUCCAGUCGUUUGUCCCGUGCUCUACGGCCACAAAGGGGAGCAAUCAGCGUUUGGUUUUGCCCAACCCACCCCUGUUUCACUGCCUUCUGAUUAGGGCUAGAGCUUUUACUGUUACCUUUAAAGUGCAGGUAAUUUAAUUUAAAAAUGAGAAAGGUUGUGCCGAUUAUCAAGUAGCAGCGACGAACCAUUCAUGUUGCCAAAAGAGACAAUUAAAGGCACAUCUCUGCUAAGUAGUGAAAUCAAUGGUAGUUGCAAAAACAUUUCCAAGGAUUUUUUUUAAGCCGAGACCAAACUUACUAACUUACUCUCUGCUGCUGAAACCUUACAUCAUACAGGAAAUGAGGAAACCAAACUUUUAAACCAUUUAUCAAUGCAUUAUCAUUUAGUUUUGACGAAAAAAUUGUUAAUUUAACUUACACAUUUAAAAGUGCAUAAUGUUUUAUUAUACAUUAUCAGUGAUUGAGUUUUCAUUUUAGAACUCUUGGUUUCUUUUACCCAUGUUUACACAUUUAACAUCGACCUUUUUAGAGCAAUUUACACUCUUAAGAGUCCCGGGCCAGUGAAGCAUAUUGUAAGCGUGGGAGAAGAAGUGUCCAGUCAAUUGUCUCCCAUGUCCCCCUGGGGACAAUAAAUGUCAGGAAGCUCGUCUUGUGGCACUGGUGCAGAGACAUAUUGGCAGCUGUAUGGCAUAACAGGAUCUAUGGUGAGAGCGCCAUUGUUUAGUCAGUAUUCAUUAGACUGGUAAUCUACUUUACAAUCAGAAAACUGCAAUACCGACGACUGUACUCAAACAAAGCAGAAGUCAGUAUAUCAUUAAAAAAAAUUCUCAGAAUGCCCCCCAAAAAAACCCUAAUAUGAAAGAACAAUCUAUAGGUUACUCAGCAAAAUAAUUUCAAAACAAUUUUUGCGUGGGCGGAGCACAUUGCAGCAGUAGCUCAGCUAGCAUGGUGUUAGAGCUAGGACGGGGUGUAAAAUUGUACUUUGAAAAUAAAAUAUUCCCCCUUAAGACACACAUAUACAAACAGCUCUCCCGCCCGCUAAAUGAAAUUGUUGAGAUUUGAAUGGGCAGUUAACGAGGUGGUUAGAUUUAUGGCACUGAGCUCUCUCCCCCUCUAGGCAACACAUGUUGUUGUCAGCCGAGCUGAGCUAUGUGGAGGCCUCUGCCUCUCCAUCAGCAGGAGAGAGAGAGAGAGAGAACACAAAUAUAUGGCUCGAGCUGGCAGUACUCGUCCUUCCUCUGUUCCUCCUCUGUUCCACGAAGCACAUAAAAACCACUGGAUGCUCUCCCCUCCGCUGUCUCUUUUUGUCUCCUGCCGUACCCGUCUCUGUCGGUCCAGACUGAAUCACUACUAACCCUCCGUCUCUUGUCUGUGGCAGCAGCACAUGGCUUCUGAAGGAGGCAAAAAUCCCCACAAUCCGCCACAGACCCCCCCCCCCACCCCCCUCUCUAUCUCACACACACACUCACAUACACACGCACAUAUACAUCCAUCACCCCACUCACCACCCCUCCCAUCAAUCUAACAGGGUUUAAGAAGCUACAAGCUCAAAGGCUAAACUAGCUCCCAUAGACAUGCAUCUGUGCUAAGCUACGCUAGUUCAUCACAGCCUCCACACACACACACACACACACACACACACACACACACUCACUCACACAGCAAUGCUAAGCUAGCUUCCUUUCGUUGACACAUCCACAGCCAGGUUACGCCAGCUGUUGACAUCUUUAAACAAACACAAUGAGAGGACAUGGAAGAGACAUUUUAAUGUUCUUAUUUUUAGCACAUCAUCGACACAGGGUAAAUAAUGAGAGUGAAGAACACAAUUUAUUUAUGUUUGGGUAAGUUAUUACCCUCUUCUCUCUCUCUCUCUCUCUCUCUCUCUCUCUCUCUCUCUCUCUCUCUCUCUCUCUCUCUAUCACUUUGGAAGGGUUCACUUGCAUUAGCGGACACCAAUGCGAAGAAGUCCACAUUUUAUAUUGUUUUCUUUUGUUCUCACAUAUCUUGACUUUUAACGUGGAUACAGGGUAUAUAUUUGAACAAAAAUGCAUGUCCCAGAAAUCGGAGAGGAUGUGUAUCACACAUUUUUAAAACAACUAGAUUGAUUUGUUUAAACGGUCAGUGAGUGGAGUUUUGGGACAACACACACGUCAGGCUGCAGUGUUCAAGCUGUGUGGGGUUGACCCCCCC